GGUCGUUGGCUCUCGGCCGAACUGUUGGCCGGGACGCGGCAGUCCACUAACAGGAUUAUACGACGUGGUCAAGCGCGGCGAGUACUCUGACCAGCUGCUAGACUCGCUCCCUGUUUCAUGGAUUCUUCAUAAAGUUGGCCGUGACACGGAGUACCAGCUUGUUUGGCCCGAGCUUCUGUCAAUGGCGACCGCGCAGCACCCGGACCAGCUCGAUGUGGUGUCUGUGCUGCAGCGCGAGCUGGCUGCUGGCUUUUCCCAAGAGUCUUCUCAUUUGGGCGCAGACAGCGGUGGACAGCAGCUGCCUCGGCGCGAAGCAGCAGAAUUUGCGUCGUCGGGCAGUACUGCUGAUUUUUCCAAGCAACUCAAAGCAGCGCGCAUGCUAAUUGGCAGCAUGCUGCUGCCCAACAACCCGGAUGAACCUCCAAGCAUGCGGGCGCUGCGAUUCACCGUCGAGGAGUACUCAAAGCUAUCAGUUUCUGUGCGCAUUAUGAUGUGCGGGCUGCUGGCAGGGCAGCUUUGUCGGGCGGCCGUCGCGGGCUAUGACGAUAACGAGCUCACCGCCAGCGUGCGCCAGACGUGGCUUUCUCUGCACGCGCUGAGCCCGCACGCCGUAUCUGCCGCAACUGUCAACGCGUGGCGCUCCGAGGCGGAGGCCAUCAAGCCUAGGCUAGCCGCACAGGACAUCUGGCUGGACCCUUUGGUCGUGUUCCGCAGCGACACGCGCGUGUUUCAGUCGGCGAGCCUGGUGGACAUCCUACUGGUUGUUCUCGGCGAGUUCCUGGUUCUGUCGCGCACUUCCAUGCGCAGGAUCUACGCACUGCGGCAGAGAGACGACGGCGCGCUCAAGAAAUCGCACUUGACUGCGCUGAUUCAGCUCCAAGAGUCGAGCGCGCUGCAGCUGCUGAUCGAAACUGCCCGCUUCGUGCAGGACGAUAAAGUCAAGUGGCUAGUCUAUGAGUUUAUCCACGCCCGCUUCCUUGAGCAGCGCACGAUCCAGAAGCUAGUACACUUCCAAGCGUAUGCCAUUGAGGCCAUCGACGAUAUGGUCGGUUACGUGCCGUCGAUGCAUGCAUGCUCCGAGUUUAUCCCCGAGCUGCUCAUGCAGUCGGCCCCGUGCCUGCAGCUGUUUGCGAUCAAGCUGGCGGCGGCCAUCACGACAAAGUACCCGAUAAUGGCCAACGAGGGCAUGGCCAAAGAGGUCAUCCUGCCGCACAUCCAGACUACACUUGUGCAGAUAGCCGGCACGGCCAUUGCCGAGCAGCUGGCCAUCAGCAACGCGAUGCUCGCUGCAGUUGUGUCUAUCGGCUGCGCUUUCCCUACGAUCCGCGAAGAGUGUAGGCGGCUAGUGAGUGCAGUCAAGGACUCAGUGCUCGAAAGAGCCCGCAGCGUGCAUCAGGUGCAAGCGCAAGUGCAAGUUCAGGCCCAGCCUGUGCAGCUGCAGCACCAGCACCAGAACUUUGCCAGGUGGAUCGGCUGCUGUGAGCACGUCGUAGCGCUCAUCGACGCGCCCGAUCAGGACGAGCGGCCCCAGUUCGUUCACAUCGAGGACACCGAAGCAGGAAACAUUGCGAUAAGACUAGAAAAGUUGUUCCAUCCCGAUAAGGGCGGCCACGCCGGGCAUAUUGCAUCGCCGCGGCUGGCCGACUUUUCUGGACAGCCAUUGCCUGCCAAUGGCCCGCCAGUGCCUCCAGGCGCCCUGCGGCCGCCUGGUCCACCUCCGCCGCACUUCCACCCGAGCCAUCAGUCGGCGCAGCAGUACGGCGUCUCUCCCGGCCAGCAGAAAAGGUCGCAUAACCUGAUCACCAGCGGAAGCAGUGGAGGCGAGCGCGGCGAUCGCGGCGGCCGCAUGUCAGCCCAGCGCGAUGCCGGUAGCCCGCCCUUGGACUAUUCCCGUAGCCGUGGCGGCAAUGCCAGCGGUACAGGCUCUUCCCGUCUGCCAGACCAUAUGUCUGGGCAUUCGUCGGGCGGCAUAUCUCCCGGAGGCAAUGCUGGAUCGUCUGGCAACUUUAAGAAGAGAAGCCGGCAUCGCUCUGGUAAUGCCGGUGGCGGCAACAACCCCAAGUCCCACGGACAUGGCGGGCCCAAUAAACGCGGGAAGGCGCCUGGAGGCGAGCGGCCACACAUCAAGGAUCAUUGACUGAUCCUCUCGAAUAACUAUUGUUUUUAAGUUGUACUUUUUUGUCAUCGCAGAAACACACACCAUGUGCAUAAUUUCCUGACACAAUCAACUGUUGAAACACGAUGACAA